CCCUCUUACCCCCUGCUGCUGCUCUACCCAGUGGGCUGACUAGUGACCUGGAGCCACAGCCACACAAAGUGAAGCCUAGGAGAGCAACCCACAGUGCAGGGGCCAUCUACUCCCACAGUACCUCACCCCUCACCCUGCCAACUGGACCAGGUGAUGCAAUAUCAUUGAGUGAGAAUUCUCCCUCUGGUUUUCCAAUUGCCUUUCAUUCCCGUGAUGACUGUGCUUUGAGUCCUGAGCGACUAGAUUUGGACAGGCGUGGUCUGGAGGAGUGUCCCCUGCUGGAGGGCAUGGGUAGGCUGCGGCUGCUCAACUUUCAGCACAACCUCAUCACACACAUCCACAAUCUGUCUCAUCUGCGGCACCUGGCCUUCCUAGACCUGUAUGACAACCGCAUCUCUGAGAUGUCUGGCAUCUCAGCCCUGGCCUCUCUCAGAGUGCUUAUGCUGGGCAAGAACAGAAUCCAGAGGAUAUGCAGUCUGGAUAACCUGACUAAACUAGAUGUUCUGGACUUGCAUGGCAAUCAGAUCUCCCAGAUAGAGAACCUCUCCCACCUGUCUGAGCUGCGCGUGUUGAACCUGGCAGGGAACUGCAUCUCCAGGGUGGACAACCUGCAGGGCCUGGACUCACUGACCGAGAUCAACCUGAGACUCAACUGCAUCUCCACUGUGACAGAGGUGGACCAGCUGCCCUGCCUCCAGCGCCUCUUUCUCAGCUGCAACAGCAUCACCAGUUUUGAUGAGCUAGCCUGCCUGGGAGAGUCGGGCUCCCUUUCUGAGCUCACCCUGGAUGGGAACCCAGUAGCCCUGGAGACAUGGUACAAGCAGGCCGCCCUGCGCUGUGUGCUUCAACUCAGACAGCUGGACAUGAAACGUGUCACGGAGGAGGAGAGACGUAUGGCCUGCGUUAUGGCCCGAAAGGAGGAUGAGAAGAGGAGUCACAAGCAGGCCAUGCACAAGAGUCCUGCUCAUGUUGCGCCUCAGCAGUUCUACACUCAACUUGGACUCAAGUCUCAGGACUCCGCAGUGACAAGCAAGGAGAAGCGGCGUCUGGCCAUCCGUAAUGCAGCGCUGCAGUGGGAGGGGGUCAGGGCCUGCCUGGAGCUCCCGGCUCAGAACGGGGCCAAGGAGGAAGUCAGCCCAGAGGCCAGCCCCGCCCACAGCCCCGCCCAGACCAAUGGCCUUGCACAGGAUCCUUCUCCGGAUGAGCAGCUCAGACGGGUGAGUCCAGUGUCCGCUCCGGACAGGCCAACAGGGGGCAAUGAGAACCGGUUACGCUCCACCAGUCGCCCCAACAGUCCUCGAGACCCCAAGCUCCUGGAGGCAGGGGGUGCCAGCGUGCAGAGCCUCUCCCUGUCAGACAACCACCUGGCGGAGCUGGAUGGGGAAACUCUGCGCCUGUUUGGCCUCGGGGCCCUGGAGGCCCUGGAGAGAGGCUGGGGGGUCCAGACUGCAGGGGCCGUCACUGUCAUAGCCUUCCGCUACAUCCACUUUGAUGCGAUCGUGCCAACACUGCCACGCAUAAGGGUCAAGUUCCCCAACCUAUCUCACCUGAUUUUCCUGGAGACCAACAUCAGCCGUCUUCCCCAGCUGGCUGCGCUGGCCCAGGUGAGACGUCUGGACCAGCUGACCAUCCACCCAGAGGGGAACCCUGUAGUCAGCCUUUCCCUGUGGAGAUCCUUCCUCAUCUACCGCCUGCACCACUUCAACCUGCACAAGAUCAACAGCCUGGAGGUGACCAUGAAUGACGUGAUCUCUGCAGAGCGUCUGUUUGGGACGCUGGGUCAUAUCGCUGCCACCGAGACACCGCGCUGCCGCCUGCUAGUGCUGCUGGAGGAGUCCAGGAAGCGUCAGCUGCAGUUUCUGUUGGAGGGGCGUGGACGGCGUGCAGGCUUGAGCCCAGAGGAGCUGCGUGACAACGGCAAGCUGCUGGGAGAGGGCCUGAGCAGAGCCCUGUUCAACUACCCCAGUAGAGACUGCUGCAGUGUGGGAGCAGAGAGCCCAGAGGAGGGUGCUAUGGAGUCAUCAUCGGAGCGCGGAGCCAUGAUGGAGCAGUAUAUACAGGAUCUGGUCCAGAGGGCAUCUGACACCAACCUGAAGGGGGAGUCCCUCCACAAGCUGUGGCCCUCCAUGUUCAUGGAGAUGGUGAGAGACUGUGUGCUGGAGAUGAGGGACCGACCGGCCUUCCGUCAGGCCUGCCUCAACAGGCUCUCCACACAGGGAAAGUGAGAGGGUGAGGGGUAGAGACCUGGUAAAGCUCCAUAAGACCUACAGUACAGCAAACUGGACACUUACUGGACACAGGUACAGCAUACUGGACACAUACUGGAAAAAUGUACAGCAUACUGGACACAUACUGGAAACAUGUACAGCAUACUGGACACAUACUUGACACAGGUACUGCAUACUGGACACGUACUAGACACUGCUACAGCAUACUGGACACCUACUAGACACAGGUACAGCAUACUGGACACCUACUAGACACAGGUACAGCAUAUUGGACCACUUCUACUACUACAGCAUAUUGGACACUCUCAUGCUGCUCUGUCUCACCACGUUAACCCGUCUUCAUCAUCACGUGGUGUCAGCCAGUCAAGUCUUUGGGAAGUUUUGGGUUUGAUUUUUUUCAUAACUGGAAAAAAACGUAUUCUGUUCGAAGAUGGAUGUGGAUCGUUCUUUUAAAGGCAUUUUUUUUUGGGGGGGGGGGUUCUCACCAGCCUGCCUCAUAAGCUUGAAUACACAUUUUCAUGGAAAAUACAAUAUUGAUGUUUGUUCUAUAGUCUGUUCUUCCUAUUCAACUUGAUUCCAGGAUGCACAGCGCUAUAGAGCUAUAUACUUGAGAAAGUUAUUUUGAGCGUGCAUUGUCAUCCCUAAGGAGGAACACUCUUUGCACUUUAAAGCCUUCAUAAAGACCCUGUUCAUGAUCUCCAGCUGAAGAUUACAAUGAGUGUCUCUCAUUGAGGCUAGAAUGAUUGUGUCAUAAUAACCUCAUCCUCUUCUUGGUGUUACUCUCUGACUCUCUGCCUGGCGUGGUGACAAGGGCACAAAAUACACCUUUUCUUUUAGGACCACUAAUUUUCUGUAUUGUACUUAGUAUUAAAAGAUUCCCUAACACUUAA